AUGGCAUCAAACAACGUUGCAAUCAUCGGUGCAGGCCUUUCAGGCCUCGCAUUAGCACUUUCACUGCACAAACAGUCCAUUCCAUGUACCAUCUAUGAGGCCCGCUCAGCCUCCCUUGAUAUCGGUGGCGCCAUAAUGCUCUCCCCCAAUGCUCUGCGUAUUCUCGAUGCACUCGGUAUCUACGAAAAGAUCAAGCCUCGGGGUUUCGAAUUCACCAACCUCCAUUUCUACACCGACAAGCCACUCGACUCUUAUGAGUUUGGAAAUCGAGAGAAAUACCAAUACGACGCACUGCGAAUCUACCGGUAUGAGCUGAUCGAUGCACUUCUGACUGCGGUCAAAGAGAAGGGCAUUCCAAUCGAGUACGGCAAGAAAUUCACUAGAAUUCUGACUGAGUCCGAGACCGAAGUCACCUGGGAGUUUGAAGAUGGAAAGACCGGUCAAGCAGCCUGCCUUGUCGGAGCGGACGGGAUUCAUUCGCGAGUCCGAAAUUAUUUGUAUCCAAAUCUGGAGCCGCAAUUCACCAAUGCGGUGGGCGUUACUGCUGCCGUUCCGACAAGUCAACUCAAGGGUACGGAUGCAUACGAAAUGCCCGUGACAAUCAUGAACCCCAAACACGGCGCCUUUGUUAUCGCGAAGCAACUCCCGGAUGGAUCUGAAGUCCUGAUUGGGAAACAAAAGCGCGCUGCUGAGCUGGGCCGCGAAGGAUGGAAUAAGCUCUUGAACGACAAGCAGUGGUGUGUGGAUUUCCUGCGAGAGGGAUCAGAGACUUUCCCCGAGAUUGUGCAGUCGUCUGUUUCCAACAUUCCAUUGGACAGAAUCAAUCUUUGGCCGUUUUAUGUGGUCCCCAAGCUUGAUACUUGGGCGUCCAAGCACUCCCGAGUGGUGAUCCUUGGUGAUGCGGCGCAUGCAAUUCCCCCGACAGCUGGGCAGGGUAUCAACCAGGCUUUCGAGGAUGUGUAUAUCUACGCCUUGAUUCUUUCCAAGUGCCAACAGCACAACUUGGAGCAGGGGCUGAAGGUGUGGCAGAAGGGUCGCCAGGAAAGAGUUGACCUGGUUCUCGACCUGAAUGCCCAGAUUGAUGCGCGGAGAAUGCCGAAGAAUCCCAUGUCCGCCCCUUUAGACUUGGAUGCUCAGCCAUUUGACCUGGCCUGGUUGUAUAGCCCUAACUUUGACGAGAUGGCAGAGAGCUGGCUGGCAGGAGUUGGUAUUGAGUGA